CCCUAAUUAACCCCCCGCUGGCAAACGACACAUGGUUUUGCGUUUAAAAAGAACAGAAAAAUAUUCCCCCACUUGCGUAGAAAAAUCAGAGUGAGAGAAGAAGUGAAUAGUGUGUUGAAAAUUAGGUAGCAGAAACAACAAAAAUGGGGGAAGAGAAAGAAGAUCCUCAGAAACUCAAGCGAUUGGCGGCGGAUUCAUACGAUUACGACAACGACUCUCGAUGGCCCGAUUACUGGGCCAACGUUCUCAUCCCUCCGCAUAUGUCCUCUCGCUCCGACGUCGUUUCACACUUCAAACGCAAAUUCUAUCAACGCUAUGUUGAUCCUGAUCUUGUGGUAGACCCGAUGUCUUUUGGCAGUUCAUCUCAGCCACCACGGCCGACACCUACCUCAUCAUCAUCAUCAUCAGCACCACCGCGGUCAAAUGAUCAAGCUCGGGCAAGAAGCACUGGAUCUACUAAUAGAACUUCUGGGACAUCUGCAACUGCGGGUUCUAAUCCAACUCCUCUGCGUUGGGAUCGACAAACAAUUCUAUUCUCUGUUAAUGCUUGGGUGUUUGUUGUGGCUUUCCUUGCAGCUGUUCCAGUGAUACCUAAGCAUCUUUCUCAUAGGGCUUAUCGUCUUUCUUUUAUGGGUACUACAUGUUCUUCUCUAUACUCAUUGUACUCACAAUAUGGGAAACCAAGAGCGUGGAAUAUGCAGGCCUUGCAAGUUUACUUUCAGUCGAUAAUUGCUUCAAAGGAUUUUAUAUACUUUGUGUACUGCCUUACAUUUGUUACAUCGCAUCUUUGCCUUAAAUUUGCUUUGAUCCCUAUCUUAUGUUGGUCAUUUGAACACGUUGCCAAGUUCCUUAGACGUAAUUUCAGUCGCUCUACCUUGUACAGGAAGUACUUGGAAGAGCCUUGUGUUUGGGUGGAGUCAAACAAUACUACUCUCAAUAUACUAACAUCACACGCUGAGAUUGGACUUGGAUUCCUACUCAUCAUCUCGUUGUUCUCGUGGCAACGCAACAUAAUACAAACAUUCAUGUACUGGCAGCUUUUAAAGCUCAUGUAUCAUGUUCCUGUUACUGCUGCAUACCAUCAGAGUGUUUGGGCUAAAAUUGGGAGGACGAUCAAUCCACUCGUCCACCGUCAUGCACCGUUCUUGAAGACUCCUCUAUCUGCAGUUCAAAGAUGGUGGCUAAGGUAGAAGUUUGGCUAAAGUUGUUAUUUUUUAAUUGGAACAACACCAAGUAGACAUUUUUGUGUUUUCACCUCCAAAUACAAAUUGGUUACAGUGAACUGUAGUAGAUAUUGGGAUGAAUAAUGAUUUAGUUGUUAUUGACUAUUUGAUUAAGUAUUGUAUGCAUAAUUACACUAGGUUUAUUCCUAUUAA